UUUAUCAGACCUUUACAAACGAUUUGUUUCUGUCAGCAAGUGACGGGUGGAGAGCAAUUGUUUUUGUUUUUUUAAAGAAAACACAAGCAGAAGUAAGGAAACCAUGACUUGUCUCACAUCUUGGAAAUUAAAACGUAAGUACUUUGAAAGGUAUAUUAAUAUGCUCGUCUGAAUGAUGAAGGAGUGUCGUAGUUAUAGGGUAGUGCCUCCUGGAGCUGGCUAAACACAUAGACACACACACAUAUAUAUAUAUAUAUAUAUAUAUUAUAUAUUUAGAGACUAUGUUAAUAACUCGUUUAUAUUAUAUUAUUUUAAAGGGAAUCAAAUUAUUCUGCAUUAGUACAUGAGCUCUUUGCCUGGCCGGUACAAGUGUUUCAUAAAAAUUUAAAUAAUUCAAAUUAGGCCAAUGUUCCACAUUUCGUUCUUUUGACCAUAAAACAGAUAAAUCUGUCAUAAUAAAAAUAAAACGCAAAUUAAUUUGAUACACGUUCAAUUUUUUUAUUUUAUUAAAUUCCUUAGAUUAAGUAAACGGCUAUGUUUAUACACUAGACAAUAUACCCGGUGUAGCCCGGGAUUGCAUUCGGAAGAAAAUAAAACCGCUUACAGCCUUUAAGCUAACAUCGCAGUCAUGAGCCUGUAAAAAACACUUCCCUAAGCAAACAUAUUAACAUUUUAAAUGAUCUGCUCUAGAUUUAUAUAGACAUUUAUAAAAUACGACCCCAAAGGGUUCCCAUUUCCCGUUAUUAUCCCGAUCCCCAGCAUGUGAUCAAAAUCCCCAUUCUUAUGGGAUCUCGAUUCAAUCCCGAACCUGAUGGGAUCCUGAAUUUCAUUAAAUCCCGAUUGGGAUUCCAAUGAUUUACCGUUUCCGUGUCUAAAAUUUAGAAGUUGUACCAUUUAAAUCGGUUUUUAAAAGCCACUGAUAUAUAUAAUUUUUAUAAAAAUUAUGGAGCUUUCUGGAAAAUUCUAGAGCGGCACACGAAUCGAUUAGAUAUUAUUAAUUGUAAAUCCACCGAUAUUUCAAUACGGACUAUAAAGGGUUAAACAGAAAUUUACUAAAAUCGAAAAUAAGGACUUGUAAAAACAUGUCGGUAAAGAGAACUUUUAUUAUUUAUAAUAAACUUUGUCUACAGUUCGAUCCCCGAUGGGAUCCCGUUCCCCAAUGGGAUCCCGUUUCCGUGGGAUUUCGAUUCUGUUGGGAUACCGUUUUCGGUGGAUUCCCAUUCCCGGUGGAAUCCCUUUCCUGUAGUAGCAGUAUUUUACGAUGGGAUCUUGUUCCCAGUAGGAUUCCUUAGCUUGUUGGUUCCCGAUCCCAUUGAAAUUCCUAUCCCAUUUUGAAACGGAAUCCAAUUUAACCGAUGUGAUCCCAUUUCAAGUUGGAUCCUGACCCCUUUGGGAUCCUGAUACCAUUAAAUCCCGAUUGUGAGUCCGAAAAGAUUCCGUUUCAACUAUAAUUCCAUUUCCCGAUGGGAUACUGUUCCAAGUUGAAUACCGUUUCCCUUUGGGAUCCCCAUCCUGAUGGGAUCCCUACGUCAAGUAGGAUCCCAUUUCCUGAUGGGUGUCCGUUCCUGAUGGGAUCCCUAUUUCCGUGAGCUCACCGAACCCGUUGGGAUUUCCUUUCCAAAAGGGAUCACAUAGUCCGAUCAUUUCCCUUCCCGAUGUGAUCCCGAUGAUCCCGAUCUCAGUGUGAUUCCGAUCCUGGUGGGACCCCGAUUCACCAAUGGGAUUCCUUUUGAUUGUGAAAUCCCGUUUUCCGUGUCAUUCCCUAAGCUUUUGGAAUUCUUUUCUCCGUGGGAUUCGUCGUCCCGGUGGGAUCCCCUUCCACUAUGGGAUCACAUUCCUUGAUGUGAUCCUGUUCCUUGUUUGAUCACGUUACCAACGGGAUCCAGUUUUUCGUGAGGCCCAUGCAUAUAAAGCAUGCGCCAUAAUAAUGUACAAUUAAUUCGGAGCGUUCUAGAACUUCCAAAAUGAUCUCUUAUGCUUGUAGAAGACACACACUUUUAUGAAGACGACGUGUUUGAGUCCUCUUUUACCGUGAAUAAAAUUGUAAUUAACUUACCCCAAGUUAAGACAGCGCAUUUAGGGUGGGGCUUACUAAAAAUAGUCUUCCUUGACCUUGUUCACAACUAAAUAAAAUCUGUAGCCUGCAUUAUUAGAAUUCUUUAGCAUAAUGGAGACAGCUCAAGAAACGAAUACAAUGCUUAAGCCCUAUCUUAAAAAUGUCUUUGAAACAGGCUAUAUAUUUACGCCUCUAGAGGGAUUGAAAGAGAGAUAUUUGCUAACACGAUUACGAGACAAAGAUUUGUGAGCUCAUAUACACUCUCUUUGUGCGUGUACUUUCUUUUUCAAAGUUGUACCCUUUUUACAACUUUGAGUCUUCUUCAAAAUGUACCGGUACAAGCCAACAUAAUACUGUAAGUCAAUAUCUUUUAGUUUGUAUUUCUUUUUUAAUUUUGUAAUUAUUCAUUAAAAUUAUUAAUUGUUAUCAGCCCUAGUUUGGGUAUCGUUUUUAUUUGUUGUGUUUAAUUUAUGAUACCGUAUUUUAUUGUGUACUGUUUUUAGCAAGCCAUAUACUUAAAUAAGAGAUACAGUCCUCUAUAUUGAUAACAGUACGUAACACACACUAACAUUUAUUGAAACAUAAUAAAGAUGAUAAGAUCCUUUAUGUAAUUUUAAAAAAAAAGAUAAUAGCAAUCAUAGAAGCUUCUAGAGUAUUCUAGAUAUUGUGGCGUGUUCAGAGCUUGGUAGUCGACCUGGGAGGGGGAGUACAGGGGUGGGGGGUUGGGAAUCCCACAGUAAGGAGACUGACCAAGGGUUGUGGCGUAGCAGGUAGCACCGUGGCGUCGCUGUUACGAACGCUACGUGAUAGUAGUGGCUAGCUUAUGUCCAAUUAAACGGUUGGGGGGGGGAGUUAGAACAAAUUUUAGUUUUCAGCUCGGGCCUUGCGGAAACUGACCAACUGACCAACAGUUGUGGCUUAGCAGAUAACAUCGUGACGAGACUAUUACGAACGCUAUGUGAUAGUAGUGGCUAGCUUAUGUCCAAUUAAACGGUUGGGGGGGGGGGAGUUAGAACAAAUUUUAGUUUUCAGCUCGGGCCUUGCGGAAACUGACCAACUGACCAACAGUUGUGGCUUAGCAGAUAACAUCGUGACGAGACUAUUACGAACGCUAUGUGAUGGUUAGUUAAUAUCCAAUUAAAUAUCGGGAGAUGUCAGAAGAAAUUUUAGUACCAAAGAUGCAGCAAAAGAUAAAAGCCAUUGGGAUGGGGGGAGGGGGUCUAAAGUGAAGUAACGACCUAUUCAGGGACUUAUAAAAAGGGACCUUUAGACAGGACAAAGAGGAGUACUCAGUCGGACAAGGGAGGGGGGGGAAGCGGAUGGGCGGGGAGGACAAUCAGCGUUGAGUGCGAGAUGAGAGAAAGACAAAGAGAAGUGGCAGAUGAAUAAAAUAGCAAGACCAUAACCAUCCAACUUGAUUGUUGCCGAGAGACAGAGGGAACGAGUUUAUCAUCCUGAGAAAGGAGUUAGAGAAAAGAGACGACCAAGGUUCUCCAAAAUAUUUCAUUAAACUUAUAGCGCGAUGACGAAGUGAUACUGUGGGAAUCCCCAGGAAAGUAUAGAACUGGAUCUCUUUAAAUAACAUAACAAUACGCUUUUAGAUCCCACCAUAUAUCCCGGUGGUAUAAUACAUAACUUUUUGGAACAUUCUGGAUUAAAUUGAAUAGCCUCCUGAAAACGUGUGACAAUGACUUUUAAACGUAAGUAUGCCUAUAUUUGGAAGACGAAACUUUCUACAAUCAAAUGGCAUAAACAUAACCAUUUGUCAUUUAAAAAGAGGUGCUCCGGUGGAGGUCCAUUCCAUAAAGUAUCAAGUUGGCUAUGCCUGAGAUUUGGGGGGGGGGGGUUGGUUGUCUAAUCUAUAAAAUUAUUCAGAUAAAUAAUGGCAUUAAAAUUUAAAAGUUCUCCCAUUAAAAUCGUUUUAAAAAUGCCAUAGAAAUAUAGCUCUAUAAAAAUAUGGAGCUUUCUGGACAAUUUUAGACCGGCCCUGAAUGGAUUAAAUGUUAUUAAUUUUAAAUUCACCGAUAUUUCAAUUCGGACAAUAAAGGGUAUAGCUCCCAACUCGGCCUGGAUCCAUCAAUUCACACAGAACCUGUAGUGUAGUCUAAGCCAGAUGGUAAUUAUAAUAUAGCUUAAGUAAGGAAAACUUAAAUGUGGCCCUGGCCCUAAAGGAGCGGACAUAAUGAGUUCAGUACCUUCCAAUAUUGGAAAUAGAUAAUAAAAUGUAUUUGUACUAGGUUUGGGCUCCAUCCAAUUGAGGAGUAUUUGUUGGUGAUUUAAAAAACCGAUUUAAAAACACAUCUAUUUCACAAGCCCCUUCUAGGGUGAUGCUAUCUACCAUCUUUUUUCAGUUAAUGUACAUUGGCUUGUGUUGCUUAUGGUUGAAAAGGGAUGAAAGACUUUGACUGGGUAUGCUCGUGUGUAGUUUUAUAUUAUUGCAUCUGUUUUUAAAUGUGGUAAAUUUUAGAUUGUUUUUAUUUAUCAUUUUAAUAUGCUUGACUUUGUACCGCGCUUCGACCUUUUAGGGAUGAAGCGUGUUUUUUAAAUAAACUUUAUUAUUAUUUAUUUUUAUUAAUAUCGUGCAUGUGUAUAUCAAUCUUUACUCUGAGUGUGUGUGCACUUUUUCAAUUUUGCGGCUGUACCAGUUCAUUGCUGUUGCUGUAAGUGAUUAGUGACGAGAUUGACGUGCUGUCGAUCUCAGAGGUUGAUGAUCUAUUUGCUGUUACUAAGGGACGAUAAGUAUGGCCUCUCCAAUCUAGCGCAACUUAUCUUCUACAUUAGUCCAAGGAACUACAGCUGGGACUCCAUCAUCUAAUACGAUACGUUUAUGACGGUAAUUACAUAUUGAAUGGUCCUCUAGCAUCACCAAGAGAUACACAGAAUCAUCACUACUUUCCUAACACACCCGAGAGACUCGGAAACACACACUCUCGUGCGUGAAUACUCUCUCUCUGACUAUGACACAGCUCUGCUUUAUGUGUACAUCUCUCGCCCGUCAUCGCCAAUGACAAUCUCACGACUCGUUCACUCAACUUGCACUCAUUUUGGUGAAAUUCAUUUACCGUUACCCCCCCCCCCCGCACAUUUAGAACAGUGGUUCUCGUACCAUUGACCUUUUCCCCCUUUUCCGCUUAUCUUCUACUCCACGAGUAGAGUAGAAUCUUCUGUAAAUAAAAAGUCUGGGUAUGAAAACUCUGUUAUCACCCUAUCCCGUUACAAUGCAAUAAAUAACAUCAAAACAAACAAUCGUAUUAAGGUUACACUGUUUACAAUACUUAUCCCAAGUACAUACAAUUACAGCAUGCGUUUAAUCAUGUCUCAUUAAUUUCUGAUCAUAAUAAUUUAAUGAAAAAAAAACCAUUACAAUUACAGUUAUAAUCUGAAAUCAAGAAAUAAUCUUGACGCCCGUUUAUAACACCGACUACUACUUACACAUUUACACGUGGCCGUGGCAAAUAAAAAUAAUAUCAAUAUCCAUAAUUUCAUGUAGACAGCCCUGAAUUGUCCAGUCUACUACUAAGAUUUUAAGUAUAAAUAAAAGGACUGCUUUCAAGCUUAGUAAAUGAAUAAAAAGCAAAAGGAGGUAUCUGUGAAGCUUGAAAUAAGAUAACAGGACAAAAAACAAGGACGUUUCAUCAUAAGGCCUUCCUCAGCCAACAGUAGAAAUGAAAAUAUAACAAGUAAUGUUUAAUAAGACGCUGCAGGACUUGUCCCUUUAGACGUCAAACUGAAAGCAUUAGCCUCCCUAAAGGUACCUUUACCAUUAAAGAGGGUUUCACCUGUGUCAGCCGUAAUGUAAUGUAUGCGUUUGUGUGCCGUAGAUGCCAAUCUAGUUACAUAGUUGAAACUGGGAGAAGAUUGGCUGAUAGGUUUACUCAACAUCUAAGGCAGUGGUUCUCAACCUUUCUAGUGCCGCGACCCCUUAUUACUGUUUCUCGUGUCGUGGCGACCCCCAAGCCACACAAUUAUUUUUGUUGCUACUUCAUAGCUGUAAGGAUACAUGUUUUCAGAUGGUCUUAGGCGACCCCUGUAAAAGGAUCCCCAAAGGGGUCGCGACCCACAGGUUGAGAACCGCUGAUCUAAGGGAUAUUGAGCAAGGUAAACCUUCCCCAGUCUCUUCUCAUUUCAACAGAACAGAACGUAAAGGUGCAUUUAAUGUAACCAUUACGGCACUGAUUUCAUGCAGUAACACACCAGAGAGGGUUAAAAUCAAAAUAAAUUUCUUCAGCUGUUUGGCACCAUAUCUCCAUAUGGUAUUAAUCAAAUAAUAUCCUUCUGAUGUUGCUCUGUUUCCCUAUAUUUCAUCUAUUUUAUUAUUGCUUUGUGUUGAUGUAUCCCUGGAUAUUAUAGUCCAUUAUUAUUGUGGACUUCAUUUUUAACAGUCUCAAUAUUUUAUUCUCUCGCUUCCUGUGUUCCCACUUCCGGCGACACGAAUGGAUACUUCUUGAGUUGUCUAUUGAGCUCUGUUCUUUGUUAUAUUUUUCAUUUCUACUGUUGGCUGAGGAAGGCUUUAUGCCGAAAUGUCCUUGUUUUUUUUUGCCCUGUUAUCUUAUUCAAGCUUCACAUAUACCUCGUUUUGCUAUUUUAUAAGAUUUUAAGAGGGCGGGAUAUUUCGCUUGUCAGAGGACUGUCUGAAAGCGUGUACAUUUUUUUUCCCAGCUAAAACCACUUGCCGUGUUUUACAGCUCUUGACACUAAGACCACCUCCAAAAGCAACAUGUAUAUCAUAUUAGACAACACAUCUUCACCCACAGCUUCACCCAAAUGUUCACAUAACUUAUCACAAAAAUUACAAGCCUCGCCACCAAACUCAUGUAAACCCAGGCCCGUUCUUAGGCAUACGCUGACUACGCAUCCGCGUAGAACUCUGAACCUAAAGGGGCCCCCAUGAGGCGCCCUCGAGCCUUCGGUUUUUUUUAAACUGGCACUGCAGCCGUCGGUGUCACUCACGUUACCUUCCUCAUCCUGAAAUGUACUGUUCUGAGUUGAAUUCGGAGGCAGGGGAAGGGAAUCAGCAGUGGGGAGCUUUGGGGACGGCAGACAGGAAAUUGGGGGCUUGGCCGUGGGAAUAGGAAAGAGGAAACAUUGAUGAAGGCAGAAUGGAGGUGCCGCAGUUGUGGGUGGUGUUUUGUCCUCAGCUUGAGGGAGAUCCACCCCCGGAUCCCCCUUCCAGGGCCCCCAACCUACGCUCCAUGCUUGGGGCCCCCAAACUCCUAAGAAUGGCUCUGGUAAACCUCAUCAAUAAUAUCAAACCCUAUAAAAAAAGCCUCAAAUUUGAGCACUCCUGGCUCUCAUAGCAUAAUAGGCAAUAAUCAUCAAAUGCAUCAUAAACACCACAAUUUCUCCCCCCUUACCCAACCUCAGGAAAAAAUCUUAACUCCUCCACGGACUCUGUAAAAAAGACAAUCAGACUAUUACGUGGACUCACCAUUAGUCACCACCACCAUGGUUCUCAAACACUGAGCAACCUGUAUCUCCCACACUACGAAAUUCCACGAUUGGAUUACAAUCCUUGUAGUUCCACGUGAAGUCAUUACCAAUGACUUACACCUUGUUGAAUUUACGUCCCCGUCUUGGGACUGGUCUUGGCAAACUCACGACCUAAACGUCGUGGUGCCCGUAGUUUGUCCAUGUCUUAAUCUUUUCGAAAUUUCGUAAAGAGGAUAUUUUUCUCCACUAUAAAACAAUACUCUCCCUCUUGUACAAAAAUUCAAAGUUAUAUCUUCCACAAAAUCAAAAUCUCCCUGUAAAAAAAUCCAGUUUUUAUAUUCUCAAAAGUCACAUCUUGCACAUCAACAAGGUUCACAUCUUGUACAUAAUCACAAGUCACUUGUUUCACUUCAUCAAACUCCACUGUUUGGACUCUAUCACACGGGUCAUCUGAUACAUCAACAAAUUUCAUAUCUUGUAAAAAAAACAACAACAAAAAACAGAGUCCCAUAUUCAUAAAAAAAAAAUUCAAUCCUUUGCUUCCAAUCUCAUGUAUUUCCUGACUCAACAAUUUACAAUCCGCACCCUGACUAUCUUGUAUAAGUGGCAUUUCCCAUUGUGCCUACACUCAGUUAUAUAAGCAUGACAUUCCUCGGGAUAAACUCCUCCGCAAAGUCUGCAAUAUUUUUAAGCUUAUUAUCCCAUCUGAACUGAUUCUUCUUAAUUUCUACUUCUGCCCUGUAAUACCUAUUUUGUGUUUACUUCCCUGACCCCCUAGCUAUAACUAUUCCCUCUAGUGUACGGAUUAUCACACUUGAUGCUAGUUACCCCAUCUAUUCUAGAACUAGCCCAUUCUUCCCCAUCACUCUCCUUAUGUCACCGUCAUAACAUUAUUGUCUCCUGAUUUCUUCUGCCUCUAGUUCUUCCUAUCUGUUCGCCGCUUUUUGUCUAAUCCCCACCAUUUCUGGGAUGCAGUCCCUUCUCUGUUCUUCGAGCUGUUUUUUAGCUAGUGCAAUCUCUUUAUCCGCUUCUAUUUUCAAUUUCUUAAGUUCCUGUUCCCGUAUCUCGUCUUUCCCCUUCUUCUCUUUUUCUCUUUUCUUCCCGCUCAUCUUCCUGUAUUAUUCCCCAUUGUUCCCUUACAUAUUCUUCUAAAUCCUGUCUCGUAAAUCUGAGGUCUUCUUCUUCCAACACCAUAUUUUCAGCUAUUAUUUCUGCUGAAGUUCUCUUAGUUUCUAUUUAUAAUAAGUUACCCCUACAAAAUUACAUGUUCUAAAAAUUUACAGCUUUUCUCAAUAUACUAGAUAAAUACUAUAAUCUAAAAUAGCAAUAAUAAUACUGCUUAUGUACCUAAUAUUUCACUGAACUGUGCUUGAACUUGCCCUUGACUUCUCAACACAAAUUACAAACAAUGUCACAGUUUUUAAGCGAUAAGGUGUGCUAGCGUGAUGGUAGAUGUAGGGGAUCACGUUUAUCGGUCUGUUAGCAGGCACUGAGAACGAACUGGUAGCCGGGACGUUGGUAAAUUGGUUGCGGUUGACCUGCUACGUGCAGCAGACAGCGGGACAAAGCAAUCAGAGGGAACUUGGCAAGGGACAACGGGAUACGCACAGCUUGAGACGGCCAUCAAAGUACUAAAAGGGCGUGCGACACACAGCUUCAGGCGGAAACACAACAGCAGCGGGAUACGGCAUCAGCGGAAGGGCCACAACACGAUACAGUCACCUUACAGACGGGUAAAACACAGCAGAACUGGUCCCAAAUGACGAGAAUGAUGUGCUGUCGAUCUCAGAGGUUGACGAUCAAUUUAUUAUCCUUACUGUCCGAAAAGUAUGUUUUCUCAAAUCUAUCCUCUACAUAAGUUCAAGACACUACAAAUCUGACUCCAUCAUCUCUUACGGUAUGUUUAUUAAGGUCAUUACAUGUUGGAUGGCCAAGUAGCAUCAUGACACAACUCUUCGCUUUAGACACCCCUCCUGACCGUCCUCGACAAUGACAAUCUCACUCCUGGUUCACUUAAUACUUGCACUCGUUUUGGUGAACAGCAUUUACCGUUAUCUCACACAUCACAACAGUGGUUCUCGUACCCUUGCCAAUGAGCCUCAGUUUUAUUCUAUUUGAUUUCGACAUCUUAAAAUUGACUUUCAAAUUAUUAUUUGUAAAAAGCCCUAGUUCGGGUAUCGUUCUUUAUUGAUGUAAAGAUUAAUGGUAUCGUCAUUUUUUAUGUACUGUUUACCAACGAGCCAUUAGGUCAAAUAAGAGAUAAAAUUCUCUACACUUGUAACUCUACGUAACAGUCAUGUUACACUGCUUGAUCCUAUAUAGAUUUGUAUUCCUGAUAUCAUAGAGUGGUAAAAUUUCGAUCACAGCCUAGUGUUGCGGUAAUAAUUUAAAUAUUCAAUUUUGAAUACUCUAUAUUGUUAAUUCGCUGCAUUGCUUAGUCGUCAUAAGUGAAUAGACAGAACUCUAUCAAUCUUGACGUCCUUACUCCCCGUACGAUUUUGUAAGGGAUGUCCGAUCACUGUUAAUAAUGUGAUUCAUUAGACACGAACAAUUUGUGUCAAUAAAACAAUAUAUGUUCAGCUUUGAUAAUCAUUUUACGUAAUACACAAGAACAAUUUUCGGCAAAGCCUUUAUCAGUGUAACAACAAAAAUUUUAAAAAGUAUCAAUAAAUUUACAAAAUAUAUAUAAAUAGAUGUAUCUUGCCUAAAAUAGAAAAGAAAAGAAUAGGAUUAGUCACAAAACCCAGACAAUGGUGAAAACUGUAUAUUUAUAAACCAUUUUAUAUAAAUUUUGUCUUAACGGAAUUUGGUACACUGGUAUCGUCAAAAAUUUGAACCAAACUUUUGCUUUUGUUGUUUACUAAAGCUUUUAACAAAAGUCAGAAUCUUUAACACAAAUGUCAAAACAGUUCGACCAUAUGGAGCAGAAACUUUUAAAACAACAGCGAGAAUUGCGCAGAAAGUACCCACCUUCAUAAGCACAUGCCUUAGAAAGAUCCUGAACAUUUAAUGGCAAAAUACCAUCACAAAGAUAUACUUGAAAGGACUUACCGGCUGCACAUUGAUUAAGACAUCAUAAAGAGAACAUUGAGGUGAAUAGGGCGUUCUCUCCGAAAACCCCACGAUUGGAUCGCCAGACAGUCUCUAACAUGAAAUCCACAGGGAAAAAGAAAGAGAAGACGCCAAAGAAUACACGCAUGGAGACGCGAGCUAGAGGCCAACACGCAAAAUAUGGGAUACACCUGAAAACAACUGGAAAGAAAAGCACAGGUCGUAAUGAAUGGAAAAUUCUUGUGGACGGCCUAUGCCAAAGACGGGGUAAAAAGGCAGAAGAAGAAGAAGAAGAAGAAAGAGCAAUUUAUUAAUCGCUUUUCACGCCUGUAAAAGCCUUGAUUAUUUAUUUUUUAAACAGAAAUGAUAUUAAUCUCAUAGCAAUAUAUUUCAACUUUACUUUUCGCCAAGUACUAUAUAUAUAUAUAUAUAUAUAUAUAUAUAUAUAUAUAUAUUACGUCAAAACACAUUUUGUCCAAUUCAUAUGGUUUGUUCUUUUUUGUAUGAGCGAUAAGUGCAUUACUGAAUGUUAUUUUGCUAUGGAGUUUCUCAGUACUGAUUUACUUAAAAAAGCAUUUUCUUAUCUUAAACAGAAAUUAUAUUAAUCUCAUAGCAAUAUAUUUAAACUUUACUUUUCGCCAAGUAAUAUAUAUAUAUAUAUAUAUAUAUAUAUAUAUAUAUAUAUAUUACGUCAAAACACAUUUUGUCCAAUUCAUAUGGUUUGUUCUUAUUUGGAUGAGCGAUAAGUGCAUUACUGAAUGUUAUUUUGCUAUGGAGUUUCUCAGUACUGAUUUACUUAAAAAAGCAUUUUCUUAUCAAAAGUAUAUUAGGAACUAUACAAGUAUAUUUAAAGGUUAAGUUUUAUUACGUCAUCGAUUUAAUAAAAGUAUAUUUGUUUGGAAUGAAUAAAAAUUAAUAACAUUAAAUGUUAAUUAAACCAAGAUACAACAUAUAUUAUCAGUUUAGUCACGCAUGGUUAUUAACUUUAGAAACUUAUGUUUUUGGUUAAAUUAGGCAUUUCGCGCUAUGGCAUCAUAUGCAUGUUUAUUUUGAUCAAAUUAAGUUUAAUUUUAUUUCUCAAUUUUAGCAGCGAAAUAAAAGUAGAGGCCGACCGAAUUUCGGCUUCGGCUUCGGUUUCGGCGCCGAAAGUGGCCAUUUUAUCACUUUCGGCCAAGUUUCGGUUUCGGCCGAAACUGGAAAGUUAACUUUCGGCUUAAUUUCGGAUUCGGUCGAAAGAGAAAAGUUAACUUUCGGUUUUUCUUCGGUUUCGGCCGAAAUUGACUUAGACUUUCGGCCAUCCGGCCGAAAGUUACUCAGGUUUUCGGUCAUUUAAUACUAAGCGCAAGCGAUAUUUUACAACAAACUAAGCGACAUUUAAGAACAAAUUAAGCGAUCUUUGAGAACAAACUAAAUGAUAUUUAACAACAAACUAAACGACAUUUAUGAACAAACUAAACGAUCUUUAAAACAAACUAAGCGAUCUUUAAGAACUAUCUAAGCGAUCUUUAAUAACAAGCUAAACGAUCUUAAAGAACAAACUAAACGAUUUUUAAGACCGAACUAAAUGAUCUUUAAGAACAAAACAAAUGAUCUUUAAUGAUUUAUAAGAAUAAACUAAGCGAUCUUUAACAGAAGACUAAAUGUUCUUUAAAAACAAACUGAAAGAUCUUUAAGAACAAAAUAAGCGAUCUUUAUGAAAAAACUAAGCGAAUUUACAACAAACUAAGCGAUCUUUAUGAACAAACUAAACGAUCUUUAAGAACAAAUAAAGCGAUCAUUAACAAAAACUAGACGAUCUUUAACAACAAACUAAUGUGAUCUUUAAGAACAAACUAAACGAUCUUUAAGAACAAAUAAAGCGAUCAUUAACAAAAACUAGACGAUCUUUAACCACAAACUAAUGCGAUCUUUAAGAACAAACUAAACUAUCUUUAACAACAAACCAGGCGAUCUUUAUGAACAAACUAAACGAUCUUUAACGACAAACUAAACGAUCUUUAACAACAAACUAAACGAUCUUUAACAACAAACUAAACGAUCUUUUACAACAAACUAAACGAUCUUUAACAACAAUCUAAGCUUUCUUUAAGAACAAAUUAAGCGAUCUUUAAGAUUAAACUAAGCGAUAUUUUAGAACAAUCUAAGCGAUCUUUAUGAACAAACUCAAAUAGGGGGGGGGGGCUCAGGAGAUAGUGUCUGAAUGAGAGUGGGCCGCAUCAAGUAAUCCACAAAAAAGCGAUUACAACUGUUACAAUCUGGUCAACCUUUAUAAAUAACAAAAAAAUCAUUAAGGGUUCUCAAGAACUAGGAUUCACUUUCAUCCACCUACUCACUGUUGCCAGAGAGCUGGCAUACAAAAAUAUAUAGAGACAUUAAAAAAAAAUCAGAAUGAGAUUAGUCGGUGAGAUUCGACUGAAACCGUCGCGGAGAGUCACGUUAUAUAUAUGAGAAUGGGGGAAACGGGCCGGCGCAUUUACACUAAACUUUUCUGUCAUGUAGCGGGCCGCAAAAUAUCGCCUUGCGGGUCACAAAUGGCUCGCUGGCCGGGAGUUUGAGAACCCUAAAUUAUAUUUUUAUUUAUUAAUAUUUACGAUUAUCUCAUUUUUAUAAAAACAAUGUAAAUAUUUAUAUUUUCCCACAUCAUUUUCGAUGUAAGCAGAAUGUAUGCGGGAACGAAUUUCAAAAUAUCUUAAUAUUUCAUUUUCGGUUUUGGCUUCGGUUUCGGCCGAAAUUCAUUUUUAACUUUCGGUCUUUUUCGGUUUCGGCAGAAAGUCAUUUUUAAACUUUCGGCCUUUUUUCGGUUUCGGCCGAAAGUCAUUUUAAACUUUCGGCCUAUUUUCGGCUUAGGCCGAAAUCAGAAAAUCACUUUCGGUCGGUCUCUAACUAAAAGACGCACUAAAAACAACUGAUAAUUUGAUAAUUAGGUUUUCCCGAUAAUGGGAUUGCAAUGCUAUUCUUUUUAUUAAGUAUUUUCAUCCCUUAUUUUUAAAUUCGGAUAAAAUGCUUAAAAUGUUAAUGAUUAUUAUUUUACACUAAAAUAAAUAACCCGAUUUUAUCGGGAUAAUAAUGGCAGGUCUUUUGCGAUAAUUUCUAACUGUUGUUGCAAACAUUCAUCCCAAUUCAUAACUUUUAAAAUGUAAUGAUAUUUACGUUUCUAACAUCAUUACAUUUUGAAAGUGUUUAUCUGCUAUAUAUGAUACGCGUACCAUACAAUCUUUCACACUCCUAAACUACUUUUUUCCCUAUAAACAUGACCUUAAAUUAUCCAGUCUUAUCUUCAGUAGUUAUAUCACUUUUGUCACUAAAGAAGUUAAUUUAGGGACUAUUACUAAGCUAGAGAAAUACUUUAGAUUUACCCCUUUUUGUGCCCUUGAAUUAAAGCCUUUUUUUUCUCAAACUUUUUAAAAAACCUAAUAUUAAAUUUACAACAAAAACUCUAUGUAUGAUAUAAAUAUAUUUUUUAUUACAGGAAUUUGAUAUAUAUCGAUAUCUUCACUCUUACCCCAGAUAUAUAGUUACCUAAGAAUUUUAAUUAUUUGUCUAAUUCAUUCAAAGGCACUUCGUGUUCUGCUUUGGGCAAAUUAAACUAUCUUAUUACUUCUCUCCACCCCCACCCCCCAAAAAAAUAAAACAAAAAAAAACAGAUUUUUAAAGAAAUUUAUAAAGUCAUCCACGAUAUUUUAACCCCGUAAAUUACGCAAAAAAACAUUUUUUUGUGUGCAUUUUACAUGCUUUGUUCUUAUUUGGAUGAGUGAUACGUGCAUUAGUGAAUGCUAUUUGUAUAUAUAUAGUUUCGCUGCACUGAUUGCAUUAAACGCCAUGUUUGUAUUAAAACUAUAUGUAAAGGUUCAGUUUUUUUACUACUUUACAACUUUCAUAAAAGUUUUUUUUAGAAAGAAAUGAAAGUAAAAACGUUUUAAAUGUGUUAAAAAUACAAAGCUAAAGUUGUAUUAAAAUUUUAGAAAAUGUUAUCAAUUUAAAAGGACUUCUAUUACUUUCAUUAAGUUUUCUUUUAAGAGAGAGAAAAUUUAUUAUUAGUUUUGUUACGCGCGGUUAAAAAUCAAAGAAACUUCGAGCUGUGGCUAAAAUAGGGAAACGCGCUACGACGUCAUUUGUGUAAUUAUUUAGAUCAAAUAAAUUUAUUUUAUUUCGCAAUAUUAAGUACGCACUAAAAUACGCACUAAGAUAAACUGAUGUUUGGGUUUUUUCCGAUAAAUGUGAUUAAGAUGCAAUUCUUAGAUUCAUAAUAUUUUAAUUAAUAAUUUUUUUCAUUACUAUUAAAUUCGGAUACAAUGCUUAAAAUAAUUCCUUGUUUGAUACUGUAAACGUAUUUUUAAUUUAGAAUAAUAUUAAUUUAACUUUUAAUAAAAUACAAAUCCGAUUUUAAAUAAAAAUUGUGCACAUUUAAAUUUAUUCGAUUUCCGCAAAAUAAUUGAAAAUAACUAUGAAUUUUUGAGAAAUCCGAACGUACUUAAAAAGUAUCUCGCCUUUGGCGUUAUAUCACUCUAACUCAUUCUUAUAUGUAUAUGUAUUUGUAAAUUAUAAUAGUAUUACUUAAACCUAUUCUAAAAUAAAAGUGAAUGUAUUUUAUUUUUUGCGCAUUUAAAUUCAUACGAUUUUCUUAAAAUAUUAACAAAUCACUAUUAUUGUUUUUAAGAAUCCGAACCUAUUGAAUCGCUUUGCUUCUUUGGCGAUACGGUCAACCUAGCUCAUUCUUAUAUUUAUAUAUUUUUUUUCUCUAUUUAUCAGGUUUCCAAUGCAUGCUGGUAUUGGGAGCACUGUCUGUGCUUUUAAUUCUCGUUUUCUAUUCAAGAAACACAAAUAUAAUUAAUGUUCUGUACUUUCAAUGGAAAGGUGAGUAUAUACCCACUAAUAUCCCCAAAUUCCAAUCCUCAAUCAAACCCCCACCACACCAUUAACAUCCCAUCUCCUUUCCUUACUUCUGACCAAAGCACUCUUAUUACAACAUUUUCCAACAUGACCCACCUCCAUUUUUUUUUCGGACCACCCUGAAAUCCAUGCUUACUCAUUCACUUCCUUUCCUGCCCCCUUAACAUUAUCCAAAUGCCACUGAUGGUCAUACCACUUUUACAUAUAUAAAAAAUGAAUUUGAAAUGUUUAAUUUUUUUUUUUUUUACAAUAAAAAUUAGUUUUCUUUUCCAUAUUCCAUCUCAAUGAGACAAUGGUAAGAUUUUUCAGGAGUAACUCACAAAUGCAUGCAGAACACUACCCACCUCCCCCUGAACUGCAAGCAUCAAUCACAGGAAAGAAUUUUGAAAACAACAGAAAACUAUCUUUCAAGAUUUUAUGUAAACCAUCUUGAUUGAAAUAUAUCAAUUACGUGGCCUUUUUUAUUUUCUGAUUAAAGUACAAAUCUCGAUGUUAUAACUUAUUUCCAGGUCAUCAACCGUAAGAAAUUCUAAUAAAAAUGAUUUUUUAAAUUAAAUUUGUAUUCACUCCUCCCCACCCACACAUUUUAAAUUGAGUGUGACCUUACCCAUUGUUGAGAACCUCUGUGCUAGAAGAGUGAUGAUACUUAAAGUCGUAUGAUUCUGGUGUGUGUAGCAUGUUCGUGGCUUCUCAGGGCGUUCACGUAAGGGGACAAAACAGCAAUGCGAUGCAAAGAAUUACUUCAACGGUGGAUGGGAAUUCUCCAAUUCUUUCCCGCGUGGCUACAGGGCUCAGCGCUUUUCAGGUCGUUCACGCAGGUAGAUGUUAGGCAGUACAGUACAGAGAUCCAUUCACUGUGGAGGUGGACUCUUCAUCCUUUGUACCUCGUCGAUUUUCAGCGCUCAGUGCUUUUUAUUGCGCUCACGCAGGUGGAUGAUACCAGUCACCUUCUGGGAUACCUCUUCCCUAGUAAGCUCUGGUGGGUGUAUGUGAGACUUUGGGAGUAAAGUGUAUCAGCACCCGGUCCUAUCGUAACGGGAGAUGAAUUGGUCUUCCGUAUGGAUUCCCGGGCCUGGUUUGUGGACUCAGGCCUCAGAAAACAGAUCCUUUAAUUCAGCUGGUAAGGUUCGGUUGAAUGCACUGCAGCAAUACGGCGGUCUAUCAACCAGGCUAUAUGUGACUGAUGAUAAAAGAAAAGAAAGGAACAACCUUUCUAAUAUUUUAGCUCUGAAAAAUUCCUUUCCAACGGCAACGAAUUCAGAUCGAGACGUCAAAGGAGAUUGGGGGAGGGGGGGGGGAGGGGGGGCGGCGUUUCCAUUGCUUAGUUCAGUUCGUGGUUCAGUCCAAUGGUCCAACUAUUUACCAGUUCAGUGACGUUCAACGUGGAGUUGACGGUGAUCAGGGGAAUAAACUUGUCCUGACCUUGAACAAAAAAAAAAAGUGUGGGGGGGGGGUUCUAAGUAGGUCAUCGUCAGUACAUGGUAAUUUUUAGUUCAGCUCUAUUUAGUCACAUACAUGUGUUGCGAAGUUUUCCGGCGCUUGACAGUGCAUACACAGACCUGGUCAGGUAAAACUCCAGCAAAACAAGUAGUAGAAAACAAAUAGACACAGAUAGGGUGUUGGUGCAUCUAAAGGGAGUAAAACCCCGAUCUAUAGCCCCCAUUACUUGCAGCUAAGAGAAGAGAGGGGGGCACUUAUUGGAAACUACGGCUUCUCCUUUAAAAACACACUUCUCUGGCGUCGUAGAUUCUACCAAAGUUUCUAGGGGAAGGGCAGCUCCUAAAAUUUUCGUCUCUUUUAAUUGUUUAAAUGUAUCUAUGAUCCCCAAAAAAGUGGCAAUAUGGCUCAAGCUAAGAUUAACAUCAUGGUGCUACAUAUCUUACAGAGGAUAACACUUCAAAAUCAACGCUUUUGACGAGUCCAAUAAGCGGGUCUAAUUUGACGUUGGAAGAGUUUAUAAGCCAUUUUCAGACGUUGUUGGUACAACCCAGUGAUUCUCCUGUACAACAUUUUAAAAACGACUGUGGUAGUGGUGCUGGAGGUAACACUCUAUCCAAAAAUAUCAAAUUAAAACGGAAUGAAAACGUCUAUGAAAAAAAAAAAUCUUUUAACAUUAAAAAUUAAUUAAUUAUUUUUUGUCAUGCCAGAUUUGUUUUCUUUGGUUGUAGAUAUGUGUGCAUGUGUGUGUGAAUGCAUGGGGAGCUUUUGGCAUUAGGACAUAAUUUACAAAAUAACUAAACAUCUAAAAAAAACAGCUAUUAUAGUGGAAUGUAUGACUUAUAGCUCUAGUUAUGAAUACUAACUGCAUUGUACAAAUUAGUCACUUUAUUUUGACUUUUCCCAAAAUACUGUCAUAAAAAAUGUGGGUAAAUUUCCAAUAGAUAUAUAAUAUUUCUUUUUAAAGAAAGGAAAAAAAGUUUUUACAGACGUAAACAUUAGUUAUGAUUUUCUAGAAAUACGAAAAUUCUUUUUCUCAAGAUUAUCCAAUAAUAUAGUUCAGUGUUGAGGCAAAGUUUGGGAACAUAUUAAUGAAGAUACUAAUAGAUCCGUAAGUGAUGCAGAUAUUUAAAAUAUAAUUUUACCAUACAUUUUAGAACAUGUUUACCUGAUUUUAUAUCAAUGAUACAAUAAAUCAUAGCGCGAUCCCAUUACAUACGUACAAAUUGAAAUUUAAUAUUUUGAUACUUCUUUGUAACAGCAAGUGGAAUUAGAACAAUAUGCCCCCAUUUCUAUUAUGUUAAUGGCAGGUCUUUUCCUCUGAUUUAAAUUAGAUCUGUCUGAAACCAAUUAUUGCAGAACACAACAACCAAUGCCAUUAAAUGCAGUGAUUAUUUCAGAAAUUUCCUCCGGUUUGGGGGGCACUUCAGAAUUUUCGAGGGGCCGGUUGGGGGGGGGGCAGUGCCAGCAGUGCCAGUUGAUUUAUUGUUGGACAUGUUUUUGCUGGGGGGGGAACUUUAAUUUCCCAGGGGGGCAAUGCCCCCCGGCCCCCCUCCCCGCAGAUAUAGCUGAAAUAAAACCUGAUUGAAUGUUUGGCUGACGUAAUAAGGAUGAAUGGGACUUGAAUAUUUUUAGUUAUUAUUUGAUACUAAUGAUUAUGACAAAGAAAACAGUUAAAUAGAAUUUCCUUACAAAUAUUAUUUGUAAAUAGAAAAGGUGAUAUGAGGGCAACGAUCUUGAAGUUUACUUUAUUUACCAGCGUGUACUCCCAACUGUUCACGGCCACUGAGUAACUCGAGUGAUGAGCGACUUACAGAUGUCCUCUUGUCUGCCAACCUAACACUGUCAAACCAACAGAGAGACACCAUCUUGUCCAUUGCAGAUUCUAUUCCCGAGAAUGACAUCAUAUUUCUGUCAGCAAGCUCCUCCAACCAUUAUGACGAAAUGCAGGCCAUGUUUCACAAUCUGCAUACUGUAGUUUUUCCUAUAUUGCCUAAUAUUACUGUGGUCUUAUUUGACAUUGGACUUACAGAAGAGCAAAGAAUACGGGUAUUCAUUUAAUUUAUAUCAAGCUCAGACUAGCUUAUUAGAUUGUUUUAUUAUAAUAAUUUUUAUUUAUUUCCUAUUUCAUAAAAAAAAAUAAUUUAAAAAUGUGUCAGUUAAGAAUAAAGAAAAUUCAAUAACAGAUGCUCCUUUAAAGAAAUAUAUAUUUUACCAACCCAAAAAAAUGAUUGAGUCAUAUUUCUUUGUAUCUGUUCAGAUAUCUGAAACAGUAUUGUAAAGCAAAUGUAAAAAAAAAUAUAUUUUUAAUUAACUAUAACUACCCGGAAUUCUCGUCCUGAAAAUGAUACCAGUCUAAUUUUUUUUUUUUUUUUAAAUUAUAUUCUUAAGACUGAAAAAUUUUGCCGAUGUCGCUUGGUGAGAUUUCCGGUUGAAAAAUUCCCUCCUCACAUGAAGGAAAAUAUUUGCUAUUCUUGGAAACCAGUGAUUAUUCGGGUCAGUACAGUCCCAGCGAUGGAGAUAUAUAACAUUUAAUGAUACACACAUUUAUAUUUCACAUUCUGUUAUAUCAAUGGAUUUUUUUAAAAAUUUGCCUCUACUAUAUUUCUAAUAAAUAGUCCUUAAAAUAUCGCUGAAUGGCUAUUUCAUCGUGAAUUGCUUAUUUGUUCCUGCAAAAAUUACAUUUUAUGAGCGUUAAGAGAAAUUCAAUAUGAUCAGCAGUUUUCUAUUUGCUUGCAGUGUCUCAAGAACUUUCUAUAAGCUUUUGAUAAGACUUACAAGAGAAUAUGUAUCAAUAGACAGAAAUAGAUUUUUGGGCCAUGUUAGAUUCAUGCAUUUGUCGGAGAAAAACAAAAGAUUCACACCCCUGGGUCCUUGACAGCAUAAGGCACGAAUGUCAUGUCUCUUUCAUGCUCUAACUUUCUCUCCACCCUGCCUCUCUGCAAAAGAAUCCCCGUAUAAUUCCCCCCCCCCCCACGCACACACACCAAUUUCCUUCAAUUAAGUAAAGGGAAACCCCAAGGUAUCUUUUCAAAUGGACGUGUUAAUAAUGACACUGACGGUUCACCCGAAUUUCAUUAGUUACGUCCCUAAGGGGCGGACAAGAUCCAAUUGGUAAUAAUUAUUAUAGAUUGAUGCUGAACACCGACCCCCACCCCCCCUUGAACCUAUUUAAAUAUUUCGUUACAUUCUUAACCUUAAAUGUACGUAGAUGAGCAAGGCUUACAAUGAAUCAUAUUCUUUAAAAAAAGGUUACUUUAAGAAGAUUAAAUACUAUACUUAAUCAAAUAAUUAUUAAAAAAAACUUUUUUUAAAAAUUUCCUGAAUAAUUACUUUCUGUAAAACAAAGGCCACCAUGGAGAAAGCUCGCCAAAUACUUGUAUACCAAGAUGCUUCCAUUCGUUGGACUUCAGACAUCGUCAAAGUUUUAAACAGGACAAGAACGUUCGGUUUGCAGUAUCACAGAGACGACUUGUUUUCCAGAAUUUCAUUGCAUACAAUGAGAGAGGUUAGAAAACUAGGAUUUUUAAAUUUCAUAUUUUUAUUGUUUCUAUGUUUCACUGCUAUUGUUCCCCUGUUUAAGGUUUGUUUGUUUAGCAAAUUCUUUUCGAAAAUUAUUUAGAAAGCUACUAGAUAUCUGAAAUAUGUUAUAUAAAACUUAACUUAUAAAAGAUAAAUGUUUAGGAGUCAAAACUUGAUUUUUUGUUUGAAUUUACUAUACAAAAAAACAGAGAUUGUAACUUUUUAAGAUCUAGCAACUAGCCAUUUAACUGAGCUCUUUCUCUUCAAGAUGUUUGAUUAUUUCGGAGAGAGUCCGUGUGCAUUUUCUCCAUUCCCUGAAAUCGGAGCCAACAACGGCAUGUACAAGAACGAUCCAUUUGUCAUACGCGCCGUCUUAGAACCGUGGGCCCGUUGUGCACUGGAACCAUCAUGCAUGUGUCCUGUUCCACCUGCAACAGUAAUAAGCUGUAAUAAACCUGUUAUUGAACACAGGUGUCACAGGUGAUAAAAGAUUAAUUAUGUAAAGUAAAAACCAUAUAAACAUGCGGAGAGAUUUCAUUGUAUAUUGAAUUAAUGUCUCGCUCACAAAGGCCGCGAUAAAGACACGCAUGGAAUAAUAUUUCUUAAAGAAAAAGUUAUUAUCGCUUCAAAAUUCGUUGACUCAAAAACAAGACGUAGAAAUUAUAGUAUAAAAUUAGUCUCUUUUUCUUCAUUUUCUGGUAAAAUAGCUUCUAAUUUUAGUCAAAAUGUAUCUCAUUCCGCAUUAAAUGAUUCAAUGAAUCACUUUUAUUUCAAAUUUCUCUGGUUGCCCUGCCUUGUCGGGUGUUUUCAUAUCCACAGUUUAUCUGAAAAUGUAUAAUUUGAAAUUCAUUUAUUUUUAUAAUUUUAUCUUCCUCUCUACGAUAUUCAUUUAAAAGAUAUUAAUUAUGAAAGUUUUCCAAAUUAAAGUAAUUUUUUAAUACACAUUUACCAAAUAUACCAUGAAACAUUUUUUCCGCUAUUUGACUCCUACAAAUAAAUGAAUGAAUAUUUUUUUUUUUUUUGGUCGUUUCAAUUAUCAAAUCAUUGUCUUUGCAAUAUAAAGAAGAAUGUGUAUAGAAUGCUUAUACUUUUGUGAUAAUGUCCCCUUAUUUUUUUCUUUCCAAUAGGUUCGAUCAAUCGGCCAUGGGAAUGAUAACAGCAAAACUUUUUAACAAAGAUAUCCACAGGAUUCUUGGACCUAGCUACCAUUAUGUUGAUAUAAACCGUGGACAUAAUAUGAAAGACUACUUCGGAUCCUUAGAAAACCUUCAAACAAACACAUCAACUUCAAAAGUGUAGGCAUUCCCUUAUUACUUAAUGUCAUAGAAAUUGUCCUUACAUGAAAGGUUUUAUUUUUACAAAAAAUAUGGCAUUUUUUUCUAUUUUAAUGUUAUUAAAUCUUAAAUUCUACCUACCAACCUGC